CACACACGGCGGGCCACCAGCUGACAGGCCUGGCCACGCCUCCCCGCUCCGCCGCCGCCCGCCCAGCCGUGUUGAAGGCGUGUCUGCUGUGUUCCGCGUUGGUCAUCAUGUCCAUCACAGUUGACAUUCAAGUGAAGAGGUCCAGCAAAAUAUACCACCCCGGGGAGGUGGUGAGUGGUGUGGUGAUGGUGGACAGCCGCUCUGACACCAGACACGAUGGCAUCACCCUCACCAUAGAUGGGAUGGUGAACCUCCAGCUCUCACCCCGCAGUGCUGGCAUACUUGAGUCCAUCGUAAAUUCAUCAAAGCCAAUCCCCUUGAUCAAUCAGUCGAUUGAGAUUGCUAAGUCUGGAAAGUUGCCUGCAGGACAGACAGAAAUUCCAUUUGAGCUGCCGCUGACUUUACGCUCUUCCUCCAAAACUCUCUACGAAACGUAUCAUGGCAUCUACAUCACUGUGCACUACUGUCUACGCUGCGACCUCAAGCGCAGCCUCCUUGCCAAAGAUGUCAAUAGGUCACAAGAGUUCAUUGUGGAGUACAAGACUGGCACUGGAGGGAAGGAACCUAUGGAAAGAGUCAACUUUGAAAUCCGCCCAGAGACUCUGCAGAAUGUCCGUGAUCGUGCGCGCAUCCCUCAGUUCUUAGUGCGAGGCCACCUCGACUCUGUCAACUGUCCGCUCUCAAAGCCACUGACAGGAGAACUGACUGUUUGUGAGUGUGAACGAGGCAUCAGCAGCAUUGAGCUCCAGCUUGUGAGGCUGGAGACCUGUGGCUCUAGUGAGGGUUACAGCAAGGAAGCAUCCGAGAUCCAGAACAUUCAGAUUGGGGAGGGAGAUGUUUGCCGUGGAGUUUCCAUCCCUGUGUACAUGUUGUUUCCUCGCCUCUUUACCUGUGCCACCACCAUAGCUCCCAACUUCAAGAUUGAGUUUGAACUGAACAUAGUGAUAAUAUUUGAUAAUGACCACCUGGUGGUUGAAACUUUCCCCCUCAAACUCACACGCACUUGAAGUCUGAAGCAGCAGCGUGUACUACCUUGGCCAAGCUCUCAAGAGAAAAUUCUGGUCUGUAUGAUUCUGUUGUAUCUUGAGGGUUGUCAAAGUAUCUUUUCUUUCAUUAUGAAUAUCUGGACCCUGCAUGAUAGAUGAUUUCAAAUGUAGAGCAAUAAUUGCAAAAGUUCCAUUCUUUGUAGCAAAAACUCCUAGCAUAAUUUUCACCUCAUUUUGUUUAAAACAUUUGAAUUUAGUUAACUGCUAACCAGUAUCUUGUAUCAUCUUUUCAACAUAAAUCUGAUGAAAAAAAGUGUAAAAAAUUGAAUGGUGGGUUAUGUUUGAACAGCAGCCUUACUUAAUAUGGGGUAUGUAUGUAAGAUGAGCCAAAUCUUUAUAGAUGGUGGAGAUGGCUUCAGAUAUUUUUUAAAUGAUUAAUAUGCUUUUUGUUACCUAAAUGGAUAUGCCUUUGACCUUUCUUUUCUUCCCCGGGGUGAAUGUGACAAAUCUUUGAGGUGUAAUGCAUCAGGGACACAUUGUCUACUCCAUUAAGGUGGUGUAAGUCACUUUAAAACAUGUUUAGUUAAAACUUAGACAUUCUAAACCAUUCCUAAAACUAUUAUUUCUGUAGCACUGUUUUUUACUUGUUUUAAUGUGUUAACUCUACUUUCAUCCUUCACUUAAUCAUAUCAAACACAACACUUCUCUCUUGCAUUUUGUGUAAUGGAUGCCAAAAUGAUUUUGCCAAAAUAUAAUUAAUGGAAUGUGAAGUGAAUAAGUGAUAUGGUAAAAUACAACUGGUCCUAAGGUGACAGAUUUAGACCAACUUUACACCAAAAUUUACUGUUAUUUAUCUGUCAUUGCAACUCUGUACUCUUGUCUUGUGUAGUUUUCUUGACACAGGGUGCUCUGGUGAUCCACUAUCAAUAUUGUUUUGUCCAGUUGUUAAGGCUGACACUGUGUAAUCAGGAUUCAGCAAGAAGGGAAAAUCACACACAGAAAAAAAACACAAUCCCUGGUAGCACUAAAAGUAACAGGGAUGAUUGAAAGUGUUAACAAAUAUUGUGGACAUCAGCUGAGCAAGGGGUUGCAAUGACUGAGCCUGUCUUUGGCUAUUUUUAUACCUGGUGCUUGGUUCUCUUGUUGAGAGGUGUAACAAGACUUCAUUGAUGUUUACCUGUAAAGAGCAGAUUUGUACGCAUUGUACAGUGGCUGCUAAAAGUUCAGGUGAACCAUCAUCGUCCAUUUCCAUCUUCUACAUGAGAUGAUAAACCAUUUCCACGUAAGCAAAAUAAAAUAUCUGCUUGCUUGCCAACCAGCUCAGUUAUUAGGCAGUAGCUUGUAUGAAGUACAUUAGUUCAUUUUUGGAUAGCAAAAAUGAUGGUUCCAAUACACCCGUUGUACCACCAGUCAGUACUGAGCAUUGGUGCAUACCCACAAAAAUGUAAGCAUAUUUUCAUGAAAUUGAAGCUUUGGCAAAAAUGGCACAUUAUUAUGAAAUAUAAGUUGACAAAUCAAAUUAGCAAAAUGCAAGUAAACACGAUAGUCUGCACGAGACAAUGCAACACAUGUGUUUAGGCGGUCACCAAAGAACAGUGGAUUCUAAUCAAAGCAAGAGAGAAACUAAGACCAAGAGUUUACUCUCAAGCUGAAGAGUUGCCAGAUUAUACUUUAAUUGUAUGUACAUAUUUUCCUCUAUGUCAUCUCUUUUGGAGUGCAAUGAUGUUAAUAUUUUUAUAAUCAAGCAAACAUGCAAAUAAUUAUAUGAUAAUUUCUUACAUUCAUAUCAGUGUAUAAUAAACAAACAAUGAA